CGAUUGAUUGCGAAUUUCAGUUUGUGUUUGUAUUGUAAAUCAUUUAAUUAAUUUUAUAUUUUGUCGUGUUUUUUCUAUAACGUUCAAGGUAUAACUAAUUUUCGUAAUUCACGAAUGUCAAAGCAUCGAAAAUUAUUAUGAAUCAAGAAAAAGAAGAUAUGUCACAUGGUGAUCAUGUUGAAAAUCCUCUACCCGAAUCUUCCAAAGAUGGAGAAUCUGACAAACAAAACUUUGAAAAAGGUUUGGAAUCAUCACCUAAAGAUCCAAUUGUAAAUUUGGAAGAUAAGGAUGAAGUUGAGUCAAUUUUAGAAAGUAUUGACGAUGAUGAUGAAGAGCUACAUUUAAAGUGGGAAGAUGAUGAAAUUGAGGAAGACAUCAUAUCACUUGAUAUACCACCAGAAGUUUUAAAAAAAGAGACAUGUUACUCUACAUUAGAUAAAAACUGUGAUUCUAUUGAUAAUCAACAAGAAAGUAAUCAAAUCAUCAAUAAAAGUGAAACUGCUACUAGUAUUGAUGAGACCAACAAAGAAACAAUACAAAUAAUAGAGCCCCUUAGUCCAGAAGAGACAUUACAAGAUAUACAAUCGGAGAUUGAUAGUAUUUGUGCUAACAUUAAAGACAGCAUUGAUGACAAAUGUAAUCUUAAGGAUAAAACUGAAAUUGAGAUUAACAUUUCUGAUCCUAGCAGUCCUGUCGAUGAUUUAAUUCUUAUAGAAGAUGAUGACCAAGCUGAAGUUAUAAAUACUCCAGAAGAGAUUUCUACCGAAGAAAUGGGAGAGAAGAAAAAAAAAAUACAAAGUGAAAAAAAUAUGAACAGUGAUAAAUUUUCUGAUAACAAUAAAAUAGAUACAAUUAUAGAAACAGAGAUAGCUGUGAAAAGCAUUAUGGAUAUGGAUAUAUCUGAUGAAGUUAAGGAUAAUAAACUACUUCUUGCUGAAGACAACAAUGACAAAAUUAACACUGUGCUUAAAGUCACUGAUCAUACCCAAAAUUCUGAAUUUGAGAAAGAUUUUACAGAUUCGAGUACUUCCCUUAAAAUCUGUGAUAAAAUAAUGGAUGAUAGUAUUUUUGUAGAUGAUAACAAAGACAGCAUUGUUGCUAGUUCUCCAAAUCAAGCUAUGGACAUUUCAUUAACUGAUACCAAAUUAGAUCAUGGUUUGAAUAAGCCCGACAUGAUGCUAGAUAUACCAACACAAGAAGUUAUAGAGUUUUUAGACGAUACUGAUGAGUUUGAAAAAACAUCAUUGAAAAAUAUUGAAAAUUGUAUAGAAAAUAACGACACUGUUCCUGAUUCCUUUGUGAUGGAGACUUCUUGUGAAGUAGAUAAAUUGCAGCUUAACACUUCUAAUGAAGCAGAACCUAAAGAACUAGAAGAAGCAAUAGAGAUUACUAAAAACCUUACAAAUUCUCUUAGUACAGAAACAAAUAAAAUUGACGCUUCAACUACGAAAAGUAUAUCAAAAUCUGCUGACAACCAACAAACUCCCAAUGACAAAAAAAUAGAAGAAGCAACAAACCAAAACCUAGAAACAGUAGAAUCUCAAAAUACUAGCAAAAUAAUAGCAGAGCAAGAAACUGAAAUAACAUCUAUAAUUAUUAAUGAAGUACAACCAUCUAAAUCUGAAAAUUUUGACAGUGGAGUUCCUACCAUUGAGGAUUUAUAUUUGUCAGCUGCAGAAAAAGAUAUUUAUGCUGAAAACAAAGAUAAUUACAAUGAGGAAAAUGCUACAACUGAAGAUGUUUCUGUCACAACAUUAGAGGAACCACAACCAUCAACAUCUAAAGCUGUUGAAGAAUCUAAACAGUUUACUGAAGCAAUUAAUCCUAAAGAUGAACUUUCAGAAGUAACAGAUAGUCUUGGGUUAUUAGCUGAAUCAUCAAGGGUGAUGGAAGAUGAUGAAGAGCCAGAAGAUGAAGAAGAAGACGAUGAUGACUUUGACCAAGAUGAAAGUAGCAACCAAAUGACAGCUGAACAUUCAGAGGACUCAAAUGCACAGCAUUCUGAAACAGAUCAAACCAAGGAACAAGAUGAUAAAGGGACGGAAUCUCCGCAAGAAGACAAGGGAGAUUUCAGCUUUGCUAUCAAUGACAUAAUCACCCUAUUGCCACAGAAGGAUGGAGAUAAAAAAGAAAAAGAUGAAAAUAUCGAAAUAGAUGUACAAGAUAAAGAUAGAGACGAUGAUAUAGAUGUUCAAGAGAAAGAUGAAGAUAUUGAUAUAGAUGUUCAAGACAAAGAUGGAGAUGUUGAUAUAGAUACACAAGACAAAGAUGGAGAUAUUAAUAUACAAGAGAAAAAUGGAGAUAUUGACGUAGAUGAGGUCGUCUGUGAAGACGAGGUAGAAGUCACUGCAGAGCAAAUAGGUGAUAUCGGCGCUAAUUUGGAAGUAAAUGCUGGUGAUAAUCUGGAAAUUUCGGAGCCUGUCAAGGAAAAACCAGAAGAUACACAGCAUUCAUCGGAAAUUGAAACAGUGAAACUGUCUGACACGUCUGACAAUGAGGUAGAGGGAGACAACGUUAUAUUGAGAACUAUGCUACAGAAGCCACAAGCUCCAUUAGUAACAUCUAAUUCAGAAAGGGAAGAGAAAAACAAAUCGCCAAUAAAGAAGUUGGAAAUCACCAAGACUAGCAAUAAUAUAAUGAAUUUCGUUGAUUUAGAGGAGAGCUCCUCAGAGGAUGACAUUCAAGAAUCGAAUAAGGAGAAGUCGGAACCUGCAGCGGAGGAGGUCACGCCCGUAGAUACAUCCACUCUUGUUACAGAACCGAAGACACCCACGAAAACUAAACGAAUGGCCCGUAUAAACACAAGUGAGAUAUCGAUUAGGACCGUAAGUAAUGCAGAAGCAGCUACCCUACCCCAAAUAAAGCCAGUAGAAGAGACACCAACGCCUAAAUUCGGUCUAGAGGUUUUCAGUCUCGAUUCAGACGAAGAAGACCAUGAGAAACCAGCAACACCAGAACCUAAGGAAGAAGAGAUAUCACCAGUUGAACCUGAGCGCGUGAAAGGGAAAAAGAAGUGUAUCAACUUAGCGUGCAAGUCGGCCGGCAAUUGCGCGUACAUAAAAGCAGAUGCCGCCACCGUCGCUUAUUACGACGCUACCAGAAAGAGAAAGGCGAUGGUGUGCGAGGAGUGCGCCGAUGUAGUUGUCAAUAGGACUCAGGUUUUGGUGAAAGGCAUCAAAGAGUUUACGCCAUUACUCGAGCUCGACAUCAUCAGGGUGUCCUCGGAGCUUGUAGAGAUAUCAGACUCUGAAUCUGAGGACGAAACGGAAGCGGUCGCCGAUGUGAAAGAGAAGAUAGGCGAGAAAGGUGCCAAAAUGUUGGAAGAGCAAUUGGCCGAUAUGAUAAAUCAGACAUGGAAGAAAUUCAAGAUGGACGCCAGACUGUCUGAGGCAGAGGACGCGCUGAACAAGGAAUUGAAGAUUUUAGAAGCUGAGAGCAAAGAGAUAGAUACUUUACUCAACGAUUGUCAAAUAGCCACAGACAAACUGAGGAACGAUUUGUACGCGACAUUUGAACACGAGAGGCGAGAAUUGCCUCCAUUCACUAUAUUCGACACUCCUACUAAUAAGUACAGCUUACUGGAACCAUCAGACAGCGCCAAGCCUCUGAAACACGAAGAGAUCGCCAGUACCAAGAGACGAUUGUCCGAUGGCAGCGAAACGCCCGCCAAACGGGCCGCAAUACCGCUCCCAUACACACCUAUAAAUGAUCCUCAAGCCGACACUGCCGCGCAGGAUAAAUCUUCAGCAUUGGACAGUUCCAAAGAUGAUGAUAAAGAUAUAGCCGUUAUGCAAGUGUCGGCGGAGGCUGCGCCCUCUGAGUUGCCACCGCCGGGCGAGCUGUCUAGGCCUCCGCUGCGCGCGGGCACGUAUGUUUACGGCAUGAGGAACGUGUUCGGAUCGUGGGUUCGAUGCCGGAUCAUGGAAGUACAGGGGAAGAGCAGCGUGCCAGGGUCUGUACACACGUUCACUAUAUGCAAGGUUAAAUUUGAGGGUAGAGUGAGGAAUCCCGUCAAGUUACUACCCGCACGCUGUUUGGCGUACAACGAGCCGACAGACGUUCGAAUGACCAUUGGCACUCGCGUGAUAGCCCUGUUCAAAGACACCAAUGAUAACAAAAGGGACUCUUUCUACUCUGGUAUCAUAGCAGAGGUGCCAAACCCGGUGAACAAGUACAGAUACCUGAUAUUCUUCGACGACGGAUACGCUCAGUACGUUCGUCAUUCGGACACCCGUCUCGUGUGCGAGUGCGCAACACUAGUAUGGGAGGAGGUGCAUCCCUUCUCCAGGGAAUUUGUCCGGGAAUAUCUGAUGGCGUAUCCGGAACGACCAAUGGUUAGACUGCACGCCGGACAGAGCCUGAAAACCGAGUGGAAUGGUAAAUGGUGGUCGUCGCGAGUGACACAGGUGGAUGCGUCUUUAGCACAAGUACAUUUCGAGGAGGAUAAUCGUACAGAAUGGAUAUAUAGAGGUUCCACUCGUCUGGCGCCCUUGUAUCUGGAAUUGCAGGCGGCAGAAAGACAUCGAGCUCGCCCGAUGCCCAGGACUAAAGCACAGCCUAGGAUAAACAUGCCUUACGUGGAAUACACUCGGUCCGAUGAACAAAACAAGUCUACAGAAGAACAGCAGACUUCACCACAGCAACAGGCUGCAGAGCGCGAGAGCCGCCAAAGGGCGGUGGCCAAGAAGUCCACAACCCCCGCCCCCGCGCCCGCCCCGCCCCCAGUCACUCCCGAGAGUGUUACCAGCAGAGUCGUGUAUUAUACGCCUAAGAAUGCCGUGAAACCGCACAAGAUGGUCCCACACACUUGCGGUCCACAAUGUAAGAGGACCGAUGUUCUAGCGUUAAAAGAUCUGAGAACUUACAACCCGCUGGCGAAACCACUGCUCAGCGGAUGGGAAAGACAAAUAGUACGGUUCAAAGGUCAGAAGGAGGUGAUGUAUCGCGCUCCGUGCGGUCGGCGCGUGCGCAACAUGCGCGAGUUGCACCGUUACCUGCGCGCCGUACAAUCUGACAUGGCGGUGGAUUUGUUCGACUUCGCAUCCACCACACACUGUCUCGCCGAAUUCGUGCUAAACACAUGUCUGGUUGGUAAAAAGGAUUUAUCGCAUGGUAAAGAGAAUGUCCCGGUACCUUGCGUCAACUACUAUGACGAGUCGCUGCCGGAGUUUUGUUCGUAUAAUACGGAGCGGACGCCCACCGCCGGAGUGCCGCUCAAUAUUGAUCCGGAAUUCCUCUGCGGCUGCGACUGUACAGACGACUGCGAGGAUAAAAGCAAGUGCGCAUGUUGGCGGAUGACGCUAGAGGGCGCUCGCACCAUCGGCCUGAAGGGUAACAACGUCGGAUACGUAUACAAGCGGUUACCGGAACCUCUACCCUCUGGGAUAUAUGAGUGUAAUUCUAGAUGUAAAUGCAAGCAGACUUGUUUGAACCGUGUCGCUCAACACCCUCUUCAACUUAAACUACAGGUGUUUAAAACAUUGAAUCGCGGUUGGGGAAUACGCGCAUUGAACGAUGUACCGAAAGGAUCCUUCCUAUGCGUGUACGCUGGAAACCUGCUCACUGACGCCACAGCUAAUAUGGAUGGUUUGAACGAAGGCGAUGAAUAUUUAGCUGAGUUGGAUUACAUAGAGGUGGUGGAGCAAAUGAAGGAAGGCUUCGAAGAGGACAUACCAGAGAUGGAUAAGAGACUCGACAAAAAAAAUAUCGCGAAGCCGGACGAAGAAGAUUCAGAAGAGAUGUCCAGCUCGGAAGAAGAAGAUACGACAUGUGAUGAUAGAGAAGACGACGAUUUCAGACCGGGAAUCGGCAUCGGACUGGGCGUUGCCGAAUUCAGCAAACGCCUUCGUAAACGCGAAAAGAAGAAACAGAAAGAAGAUGCAGCCAAGGAGAAGGAAAAGGACGCAACGGCCAAAGAGGAUGAAGAUUGUAUCACCAUUAGCGAUGACGAGGAAGUUCGUGAACCUUCGAGUUUUAUGGCUCAAGCUGGAAUGGAAUCUAAUGAAUUCAAAUCUAAAUACAGAUCUGUCCGUUCGCACUUCGGAAAGGACGAGGCUUGUUAUAUUAUGGACGCUAAAGUUCAAGGGAACAUCGGACGAUACCUCAAUCAUUCUUGUUCACCAAAUGUCUUCGUACAAAACGUGUUCGUUGACACGCACGAUCCUCGUUUUCCGUGGGUGGCGUUUUUCGCGUUGUGCCACAUCAAAGCAGGAACGGAACUGACGUGGAAUUAUAACUAUGACGUCGGCUCCGUGCCCGGGAAAGUUCUAUACUGCUACUGUGGCGCCCCCAACUGUAGAGGACGACUACUAUAA